UCUCUCUCUUCCCUCCUUUUCAAUCGUCUCCGACGCCAAAGAUGUCCAACGGCGACGAAUCCAUGGAGGAGUAUUUGGAGCCCGUCGAAGAAGCUAAUGGGCAUUCGUUUUACAGAGUGAAGCAACGGAUAAAAGAUCGAUCCAAGAAAGUGGCGCAAACGAAAGAGAUUUUUUCGAAGCAAGCGGAGCAGACCAAGGAGAUCCUAUCAAAACAGGCUGUGAAGAUCGCUAAACAAGCUGAAGAGCAUGAAAAGUUCAUCAAUAAGGUGACUCAUCUUGUUGGGGUGCUUGGGUUUGGUGGCUUUUGCUUUCUGUUAGGAGCCAGACCUCAAGAUACUCGAUAUGUAUAUUGUUUGUUCUAUUUCAUCUUUGUUCCUCUGCGGUGGAUAUACUAUCGGUACAAGAAAUGGCAUUACUAUCUCUUGGACUUCUGCUACUACGCCAAUACCAUCUUUUUGGUUGACCUUCUUCUCUAUCCAAGGAAUGAAAAGUUUUUCAUGGUUUGCUUCUCAUUUGCUGAGGGGCCAUUAGCAUGGGCACUGAUUGUUUGGCGUUGUAGCUUGGUUUUUAGUUCACUUGACAAACUGGUUAGUGUCCUGAUACAUCUUUUACCAGGGUUAGUUUUCUUCACUAUUCGAUGGUGGGAUCCAACAACAUUUGCAGCUAUGCAUCCUGAAGGAUCUUCUGCUAGAGCUUCGUGGCCUUAUGUAGAAAGCAAAACUUAUCUGUGGACAUGGUUGUUUUUGGUGCCCCUGGUUGCAUACUCCCUCUGGCAGGCUUUGUAUUUUCUCAUUGUCAACGUUUUACGCAGACAAAGGCUGUUAAGGGAUCCUGAAGUGAUGACUUCUUACAGAGAACUUUCAAAGAAGGCACAGAAAGCAAACAAUAUGUGGUGGCGCUUAAGUGGUGUGCUUGGGGAUCAAAAUCGGUUGUUCAUGUACAUUCUGCUCCAAGCCAUAUUUACUGUGGCAACCAUGGCACUCACAGUCCCUAUCUUCUUGUCGUAUGAAUUACAUGUAAGUUUCCAGAUCCUGAAGGUCUGCACAUCUGUUUGGAAUGGAGGAAGCUUUUUACUUGAGGUAAUGCCUAGACAAGUGAUUCUCAAGGAGAAGAAGAAGAAAGCAGUAGUGGAACCAACAGAUGCACAGGUAGAACAAACCUUAGAAGUGCAGCCAACAAAAACACAGCUAGAUCAACCCUUAGACCAUGACGCAGCUGCCAGUACUUCUGUUGAGGCUUCCCAAACUUGCCAGUCCUAACAGCUGUGUCUUAAUCUCCAUGUUAGUCAAUCCUCUUCUGUUAUACAUGUUGUAUACCUAGAGGUAGCUUACUAGUAGAAAUUUACGUUUGUUUUACAGAACCAGGUAGGAAUGAUUGUUUUGUGUACAAAUUUAAGUUCUUUUUCUUUGUUUGGAGUGAGCAUCUACAGGACCCUCGUAUUGUACUCUUUUGUGCUAUGGUGCAAGACAAUCCUCCACUUUUGUUUGUUACAUGGGUAAGACCAUUGAUACCAAUAUCCAAUGG